CGACGCUUCUUGAUUUCGAAACACUGAAUACAGCUAUUGAGCGCUUUCAAUCUCGAACUCAGCAAUGUUAAAUUCAAUCAGCAAAAUGAAAUUUCAAAGUGGAAGAAUCUCGCAUCUCACUUCACGUUCAUCGUCAUCCCCCAAAUUAUUUGCCCUAAAAUUCAACCAGUUCGCAUCAUCACCUUCAAAUGCCUCGAAUUCAAACUCAGAAAAUUCCAAUCAAGACUCAUUUCCUGCAACAUAUCUCCAAAAUUCAUGUGGGUUUCCCCCAGAAAUUCCCCUCAGAUGUUCCAACCACCUCAAAUCAAAUUCCCCAGUAAACCCCAAUUCCGUUAUUGCAUUCUUCAAGAAUCACAAUUUUUCCGAUACCCAAAUCUCUGUCAUCGUCAAGAAAUGGCCUUUGGUUUUCAAUCACGCUCCCGAUUCCAUUUUCCGGCCAAAUAUCGAAGUUAUCCGCAAUUUGGGGCUCUCGCCCCCUGACAUCGCUAGGAUUCUAACAGUGGCGCCAUAUCUGCUAGAAAGAAACUUGCAAAAUCAGAUAAUCCCAAUUCUCGAUUUCCUUCGCAGCUUCCUACAUUCCGACAGAGAUGUAUUGCUCUCUAUCAAGAGGUGUGCCUGAACCCCACAUUGCCACCCUACUGCGAAUCAGCCCAGGAAAAUUGGGCGUUCAACCCGAAAAUUUUAGGGCAAUGGUGGAUGAGCUUCAAAAAUUAGGGUUUAGACCUCAAAGAAGGAAGUUCAUUGUGGGGAUAAUGGUGAUGGGGCAAUUAAGCAGUUCAACUUGGAAAGAGAAGAUCCACUUCUAUGAGAGGUUUGGUUGGUCUGAGCAUGAGGUGUUGGAUGCUUUCAUGAAGCAUCCUCGCUUCAUGUCAGCAUCCGCGGAUAAGAUCACUCGAGCCCUCGACCUACUGGUUAAUCCGAUGGGGUGUGAUCCCUCUGUUCUGAUCAAGUGGCCCCAAAUAUUGACACUGAACUUUGAGAGGACUUUGGUGCCUAGAUGUGCAUUCCAUCAUGUUUUGGUGUCCAAGGGCCUCGUCGGGCCGGGCAGUUUGCUGCAGAUGUUGAGCCAUUUGCGAAGCUUGAGUUUGGAGAGCUUCGAGUUGAGUUGUGCAGAGAAAGAUCCUCAGCUGUUGAGGCUGUAUGUUAGGAAGUUCUUAGCAUCAAGAAGGAGUGUUAUCUUUAGUAGAAUGAUGGAAUCUUCUGACCAAAAAAAAAAGUAGAAUGAUGGAAUCUUGAUUGUUAGAAAGUUUUUAGCAUCAAGAAAGAUUGCAUCUUUGGUAGAAUGAUGGAAUCUUGAUUGUUAGAAUGUUUUUAGCAUCAAGAUGGAUUGUGUAUAUCUUUGGUAGAAUGAUGGAAUCUAGAUUGUCAGGAAAUUUUUAGUAG